AGCGGCCGUCCCUCGAUGGUUCUCCUGGGGCUCGGCAUCGCGGCGGGCGGCUGGUCCCGGGGACCCGGCCAGACCGGAGAGAGGCUUCCCGGCCCCGCAGCCUCUUCCGCUUCCGCACUGCCAUCCUGGAGGGCGGGCCAAGGAGCGGCGGAGCGCGAUUGUGACACCUGGCGGAGACGUGGGAGGGGACCGGGUGAUCCAGCUAGACGAAGAGCUAGGAGGAUGCUGAGACUGGGAGGUACAGAUUUCUUGCCCGGGAGUGUUCCUGCCGUACAAGGAAGGUGUGUACCUUGGUGUCUACCUCCUGAAUCAGUACCUGGAGACAAACUGCUUUCCUUCUGUGUUCCCUAUUGCGAUUCAACAGAACAUGAUAUUUGAAAAGGUAUUUGAAAAUGCAAUAGAUCCCGGAGCUGUUGCAGAAAUUUUAGAAAGCUUCCUAACCAGGUUUGAAUUGGUACAGCUAGUGUCUCCAGCAUGGGAAGAGCUGGCCUACUAUGAAGAAAACACACGAGAUUUUCUGUUCCCUGAGCCCAAGCUGACACCUUCACACCUUGGCAUGUAUAGGGAGGUGCUUAUGAAGACUCCAAUAGGUUUUCCAGGCAUUGCUCCAAAACUAGAGUUUUCUACAAGGACAGCCAUCCGGGAAUGUGUGUCCCCACACAGAAACAGAUUUUUUGAGGAGAACUGUAAACCCCAAAUGCCUUUACCGAAAUCACAUGGGCAAAGAACUCCCACAAAUAACAGAAAGACGAAGCAAAAGGAGAAAAGUCCUGACCGACUUCCCAAAGGCACACAGGCUCUGUUCCCCUCCCCGUCUUCCCCUAGACGUCUCGUCCAGCACCAGCCGACUCAGCAGAACCUUGGAAAAAGCUUCAGGCUCCCUGAAGCAAGAAAGCCUCCAUUUGUGGUUAGACAUGUGGACAGUGAAAACCCCUUUGGUGAAGGCAGUUUGGAACAUCACUUACUGAAGUCCAGAAGAAAAUCGAAGAUUUUAGACUUCGCUCUUCCAAUGAGAAGAGCAUCUUCUCUUGAAAGCCUCGAAACAAACGUAAAGCCUGCCCCUACCUCUGUAUUAGGCAAAUCAAAACCCAAACUACGAGUCAAGAGUAACUCACAUUGUCACUCAGGUCACCAGAGAGCCUGACGAGCGCAUUGUCUUAAGGAGUCAGACAUCACCGCCUUUAGAUCCGAGGAAGUCCGGACGACCCUCGCCCAAUCACCAAGGGGAUGUCGAGCUCCUGCUGGACACUUCACUCCCUACCUCCCAGCAUUCCAGAUCUCCCAGCCCUCUGGAUGAGUCUCUCCUGGGAGAAAGGAGAACAUGAAUGAAAACCAAAGAAAGAUGAAGGGCCCAGUCGUCGAGACACUGACACAUUCCUGGAGAAAUGAACAUUUUUUUUUGUUGUUGUUGGCUGGGUUGAGUUACUGGUGCCUGGCCCCCAUUAAAUCAAAGUUUAUACUCAGUCUUUUGUGCCCAAGGUAAGAUUUGUUGAUUAAAUUCUGUUUGGGGCUCCCAUUCA